UGUAAGACUCAUACUAUAACCUUUGUACAUAGUAGAAUAAAUACAACAUGUCAGCCGAUCAUACUAGAGAUCCAUGUCCUAUUGUCAUUUUAAAUGAUUUUGGUGGUGCAUUUGCCAUGGGAGCCAUUGGUGGGUGUGUAUGGCAUGGUAUUAAAGGGUUUAGAAAUUCCCCAUAUGGAGAAAGAAGUUACGGUGCCCUCAGUGCCAUCAAAGCUAGAGCACCAGUAGUUGGUGGUAACUUCGGUGUUUGGGGUGGGUUGUUCUCUACGUUUGAUUGUGCCGUUAAAGCUGUGAGAAAGAGAGAAGAUCCUUGGAAUGCCGUCAUCGCCGGGUUUUUUGUUGGGGGUGCUUUGGCCAUUAGAGGUGGUUGGAAACAUACUAGAAAUUCUGCCAUUACUUGUGCUUGUUUAUUGGGUGUUUUCGAAGGUGUGGGUAUGAUGAUGCAAAGAUUACAAGCCCAACCAACCAUGGCUCCACAAUACCCUGAAGAACCUGUUCAAUUAGCAGCUUAAAUGAAACCUUCUUGUACAUAACUAUCACAUGACAUCAAUUUCACCCAGACCACUACCACACAACAUUGAAAUCGAAUUGAUAAAAAAUUUUGGUAGUGGGAAACAAACGAAACCCACCAGCCCAAAAAACUUAUAGAAAAAAAGACCAUAAUUAAACGGAAAUGUUACCAUGAGUAAAUUGCAACCGCUAAGAUUUCUAAUCCUGGUCUAUUAGGUAUUUGUUAUUUUCUUUCUUCUUUUUGCUUCUUGUACAUUAUUUAAAUAUACGCAUAGUUUACAAAUUUUAAUAGCGGAUUUACGUAAGGAGUCAUUUUCGGUUAUACUUAACCCAUUUUACGUCAUAUAACAAUUGUAAAACUGUUGCUGUAGUCUCGCUGGCGUUUAACUCACAAUUUAACUUGCUGUUGACAGUAGUAACUGCUGGUUGCUAUUAUGUAGUAAAACACCUCAAAUAUGUAACUCCCUCUACGUCAAUAGCAAGUUGCCACCUAGUGCUUGUGUGUGUGUGUGUGAUUUUCCCUCCCGUAGUUUAAAUUGAGGAGAAACC